AUGAUUAUCUUCGGGGGUCAGAGUGGCGUCGCUCUGGGCCUUCAUAUCUUUUUGGUGAAAAAGCUCUGUAUUAUCGCGAGCCGCGUUGACUCUGGUAGAGGGGGGAUGUAGCAUCACUUCUUAAGGGGAAAGUUAUGUUACAGAUAACCACCAGUUCAAUUUCCUACUAGACCAGAAAUGUGCCUAUAAACAGCGACGGGGUUGUAACUUAGAGUUGAAAUACGAAAGUAACAGUCGAGAAUUUUUUCCUGUUUCAAAAGACUUCUUCAAGGUCACGGGGAGGGAGACUCCUGAACUGUUCCCCCAGGGCCCAGCCCAAACCCAGCACUCAAAACCCUUCCAACACUCUACACGCGUACAAGCACAUUGUUCUUUUAACCCUUUUAAAGAAUAGGAAAGUUAUUUCAGAGAUAGCAAAGCCUAAGCAUUUUAAUCCUUCAGCAAACCUGGAAAAUAUGUUCUUGCUACUUCUGUUUCUGCUUUGCUAUUAUCUUUGGCUGACUAGAAAGCACCAGUAAUCAAAAGAAAGCAACAUAAUUUAAGACUUGCAUCCACUUUCCAAAAAUGAUUACAAAACAACAACAAUGUUGCUGUUGUUGUGAAAGGGGUGGGGGUGGGAAGAAAGGAGAGUUAGAAAGAGCAGAAAUUUAUUUCUGGUACUAUCGUUUGAGCUUAUUUAUUUAUUUAUUUAUUUGAGCGUGGGGCGGGCACGUCUCUGCCCGAUCUCAGCUUUGUGGAUUUCCCUAUUCAUUUCUAAGGGAGACUUGCUUCCUUUGUUGCCAUGAUCCCAUCUGUGGGGAGUUUUGUAUCAACAGGGAUUUUUGGCUUGAAACGCAAGCCAGCCUCGGACCUACCACUAACAUGCAAUGUUAACUGUUGCAUUGCAUUUUUCACGGUUGCUGUAUAGUUUCUUAGCCUCUCAGACUGAUCCCUCAGCCUAGAGUAUUAACAAUGGACAACAGGGCUACAAAAUUGGCAGGGCUGCUUAAGCCACUGGGCUUCAGCCUCAGGCCCUCCAACCUGCAAUAUGGGGAGAAUAGUCAAUCUAACAAUCUUCUUGACGAUGCAUAGUAUUUACGGCGUGACGACUGAUUUGGGAUGGAAUGUGCACAGAUGGAAUAAAUAACAAAAUACAGGCAAAAGGCUGGGUGUGCACAAAUCCUCCUUUAAAUAUCUAAAUUUUAAAAAAUGCAAGCAAGUGCAGAGUGGAAACCCAGCAAAGUAACUUGGCUACCACCUGCCCAAAGGUGAAGCACAGUCAACCCCCUGAAAACAGCUUUUACUGCCGCAGUAUGUUUUCCCAGCCAGGCACAAGGUGUGACGUCUCCCUUUUUGGAAAUGCUGCCCUCUUUUGGUAUAGAGAAGGAUAAGCAGAGGCUUCUCCAAGCCAGCCGCAAUCUAUAUGAUUGUGUCUACAUAUUGGUCUCUUCCAGCAACACCAUAUUCCGAAUGCUCAAUGAGUACCUUGGAACUGAAUUUUCCAACACUGUAGUCAGGGAAAACCUCAGCAUCAAGGAGAACCUUCAACUCCUGAUAAGUGCUCUGAAAGAGAUGCAAGAGACAGUGGAGUCACAGGAUAAAGAGGUCCAACAGCAUGUCAAUGUCCCACUGUAUACUAAGAUUAUGCUGCCUAUCAGCUCCCAGGAGGAAAGAACCAGACUUAUGAAGGACAUUUCAAACCUUUAUAAGGGAGCUUUUGCAAGUAUCUGUGGUCCUAUUGCUGCGGUGUUAUUGAAGCAUGGUAAUCUCCCUGAGAAACUAGAGGCUGUCAUUCGGGAUUUAGCAAACUGUCCUGUGCUAGGUCUUCAAGUAAGUGACCUUCUCAUGAGCCAUGAAGACAUUGCCCAUGCAUUUCCAGAGUCCUCCACAAGCUCAUCUUCUCCAGAGUUUCCUGCUGGUGGAGGAAGACCUCGCAGCCAAUCUGUAAUGAACACAACUUUCUCUCUUACCAGCCUAAUGCAAGUAGUUCUUCGGGGACAGUCAUCAAAGAACAGCAUUAAAUUAGCCGCAAACUACAUGGAAAAUGUUGUCAAGGCACUGAAGCCAGUUUGUGAAAGUUUCAAAAAAACUGUGAAGAUAACCGAAGAGUAUGUCUCGCUGAUCAUUGACAAGUUGCAGUGAGCAAUCCAGUGAUUGCUCGGCUGUUAGAAACCGAUUUCUGUCUUCACAACAAGGGAAGUUGUGCAAAUAAAGACGAUAAAACUUCUGCUCAGCAAUUGUAUUUCUCUCUGCAGCCAUGUUCAUGUCAAAUUUUGGGCAAUGCACAACAAGGGCUUUUUCUUGUUAAGUAAAGAUGCAGAUAGAUAAAUAUCUGCAGAAAACAGUGUGCACUGCCAAACCACUCACGCAAAAGUUUCGUGUUAUUGUUUUUUUAAUGAAAUGUCUGUUUUAUAUUUAUGCAUGACCUUUUCAGGUAAUAUCAAUUUCAGCCAGAGAAAAAUGAUAUAUUUGUAUCUUAGUCAUACUUCCUUUGUCUAAGGCCAACACAAAUAGUCAGUGGCUUGAUUUCUCUGCUCUGUGAGACAAGGAUAAUAUUUCUUUUCCAAGCUGCACUGGAAUAUUUGCAGCCACAUCCAAAUGUAUUCAAGCCAUUUACAGGCUGCAGAGCCAUUUUAAACCAUGGCCACAUCUCCCUUUUUAGGGAUGCAUGUAAGUGGCCCAUCAGUCACCUUGUGCAAUGUUUUGUCCCAUGCUGUAUGCUGAAAUUCUAGUACAGCAAGCAGCACUGCCAUUUUCUGAUGUCCCCACAAAUACCAAAACAGCUGGACCUGAAAAGAUCAUGAGCCCAGUGUAAUAAGAACAAAUUCUAUUUUCAAUGCAACACCAAGGCUCCAACCCUGAAAAAAUUGGUUGUGCAUAAAUUCCAUUGAAAUUAAUAUCCAUUGAUUCCAAUGUCACUUGAGCAGAAUAAAGCAGCAGUCCGAAAGAACCUGCCAAGGAGGUAAAUUUUAUGCGGCUUGGUGCAACUUACUUCUGAGUAAGCAUGGUUAGGACUGCACUUCAUGGUUGGAAUCUUAUGCAUACUUUCCCGGAAGUGGGCCAAUAUGUAAAACAGGAUGCUGGACUAGAUAAGACUUGGGCCUGAUCCAGCUGGGCUGUACUUACGGUCUUCUUACUGAGCCCCAUUGAACAGAGCAAGACUUAUGUCUGAGCAAACACAUAGGACUAGAAGGUAUGUCCAAUGCUUCUGGACAUACUGCCAAUGCUUCCAAAGCAGAAGUGCUUCUGGCUGGGUUAAGUAGUCAUGACUAUUCAGCACAGGCUGAAAGAUCCCACCCUGGAGGGGGUCAGAGGCACUGGAUGAACCUCCUACCCAAUUCUCUCAGGCAUUGUAUUCUGCUGCUUAACAUUAUUUCUGUUUCUGCAGUUUUGGAUUUUAAUUUUAAAAAUUAUUUAUAUUUUAAUGGAUUUAUUGUUGUUGUUGUUAUUAAUUUAUUUUAAUUAUUGUAUUUUGUGAGUGGCUUUGAUACCUUUAAGAUAAAAAGAUGGAUAUAAAUUAAAUAAACUAAAGAUACAGGCAA